AAUGCGGAACAGCAUUCAAUGAUAAAGAGUUCAUAUUCUACAUUAUUUCGCAGUGCAAUCGAUUUUUGGUAUACACUUGAAACUGAAAACGACGCGGAAUAACACCGAUAACAUUUACACGUUUUUUACAAGUUUUUCAUUUCGAUGAAUGUGGUUCUAAAUAACGACUUAAAGCGUUUUUCAUUGGAUUCAAAAUAGCAUCUGAAAUGUUCGCUUUAUCAAUAUGUAAUUCACUUUUUGUGCUACUGGACGGUACAAGCGUACUUGUUUUCAUUGUGACAUUCCUACUGAUCUACUGGUCAACACGGAGACAUCCUGGCAUACCUCCUGGCCCUGGUCGCUGGCCGAUCAUCGGUAACCUGGGGUCGCUCGCGGGACCGGACAAACUCAAAGUAUUCCGAGAUCUUCGCUGUAAAUACGGCGACGUAUUUGCACUGUAUUUUGGUUCGGAACUUACCGUUGUACUGAACGGAUACGAAGCUAUAAAGGACGCGUUCUUAAAGCAAGGUCGCUAUUUUUCAUUUCGACCCGAGAAUGACUUCACAGCACGUUCAAUAACCACGGAUCUGGUAUUCGGUAAUGGUCCUGAGUGGAAAGCAAAACGUGCGUACAUUAUGAACGCUUUCCGUGAUAUAUGUUUUAUCAGGAAUGGCGCUGUCUUGGAGAAAAUUGUACACGAGGAACUAGACUUGCUAAUUGACGAUAUUACACACAUCGAGAAACCGUUUUGUCCAAGAAAAACAAUGUCACUUAGCUUUGCCAGUGUGAUGUUUAACAUCCUUCACGGUAAACGACCCGAACGCGGUGAUAAACGAUUUCAGUGGUAUCUUGACGAACUUGACUUAGGGUUUCAGCGCUUUCUAAAUACUCAAUUGCGGCAUUAUUGUUUCCCAUGGUUGGACAAACUUCCAGGUGACCUGCUUCUAUUACAAUAUACAAGCGACAAAUCUGCAAAAACGAUCGAGUAUUUUGAUGAAGUUUUUAAGCAGAGGGAGAUGAAUGCCCUACAAGGAUCACGAGACUGCUUGUUAGAUUUCUUCUUAUCCGAGGACUCCCCCUUGGCACGUGACGAGAUUUGGAAAUGUCAUCACGACCUCAUGGCGGCGGGAAGCGAAACGUCGGCUACCACACUCAACUGGAUGAUACUGUUUCUAGCUCUCUACCCUGAAGUUCAGGCCAAAUUACACGCCGAGAUUACGCGAACGAUCGGUAAAACGUUACCUGCGAUACGUGACCGUUCCGAAAUUCCAUACGUGGAAGCUGUGAUACUGGAAACUUUGCGGAUUGGAAGCAACGUGCCUUUGGCCGUGCCUCAUUUUGUGAAGGAGGACGUGUCAUUUAGAGGUUUCUUAAUACCCAACGGCACAACUAUCAUCGCAAAUGUAACCUCCGUGCACCACGAUCCAUCAGUGUUUCCAGAUCCUUUCGCAUUCAGGCCAGAGCGUUUCCUCGAUGAAUCCGGGCGUGUUUUGCAAGCAUCGGAGCAAGUGAUCCCGUUUUCUAUGGGUCAAAGGUCGUGUAUAGGGGAAUCCAUCGCACGCAUCGAACUGUUCCUGUAUGUGACAAGGAUUGUACAAAACGUGGAGUUCAAAUUACCUGCUGGUUGCAAAAGGCCAACACUUAAUGGUGUUUUCGGAAUAACGUACAGACCUGAGGACUAUAAUGUAGAUAUUGCGAAGAGGAAUUAGAAGAUCUAAACUUUGAGUGAAGCACAGUCAAUUUAAAGGUGACGUUAUUUGAUACGAAUCAUAUUGGAAGAAGUACGGCAACAUUUGACAUGUCAAUGGAAUGAAGAUGGUGUUGGUCCGUAUUCCGUAUUUUGUUGAAUUUUCAAAUGAGCACAGUAAGAUGUUUUAUCCGAAACACGUUUAAUAAUUUCAAUCUUAACCCGACGUUAACAAAUGCAACUUCAAAUAAACAGUGCUCUUGUAUUUCUUGUCGAUCAUUUUCUCGAAUAAAAGAGCGCUAAAAGUAUGCUACAUUUAUUCAACGGCACGCCAUCAGCAUGGGAAGAGUUGGUGUUGCGAUUUUUGUAUACAAACUUUAAAGCGAGGAGAACAUUUAGAAUUUGCAAUCUCUUGCACGACGGUUACAUUGCAUUCACCUCUGUGUUGGGCUCAGAACGGACUACUGAUAUGAAAGCGUCUCAUUCAUGUCAUGAUCAUUCCAAGCGUUCAUCAUUGAGGUUACAGUAUACUAAACAAUCUCUUGCACGACGGUUACAUUGCAUUCACUGCUAAAAAGAAAACCAUCUCAUACCAUGAUAUCUUAUAUCAGUCUUAAUUAAUUAUUAUAAAAUUGAUAUGUUUUUUUAUGUUAAGAAACCAACAUACAUAAAUACGUCGAAGCAAUGCCUAACGUCACUCAAUAAAAAUAUGUACAAUUGUU